AUGAAAAAGCUCCAUCCUGCGAAACCCCUGCUGAAAACCCCGCCGAAACCCCCUGAUCUGAACCUUUUCUCUGCUACCUUGCCAGGAGUUUCCUGGUCUAAGGUUGUGAGCUCCUCCUCUUCUGCUCUUGCUUUUGAAAAUCCCCUCCACCUUCAGAAGCCCCACUUUGACCGUCUAAAAACUCUGUCAAAUCUUGCAUCACUAUUGAUCGUGAUCAAUGGCACUCGGCCAGGGAUUCAAUGCAAACUGUGCUAUACGCCAAAUUUCUGGGAAAAUCUCUCCCUCUUGACCAAGCUAAGCUGGCUUUGUCUGAUGCUUGGAAGGGACUUGGCUAAACUCCUCUGGGACGGACCUUGGACCGUUGAUGGGCGUAUCCUUCAGCUCUUUGAAUGGAGGGAAUCUUUCCAGCCUGCAUUUGAGAAACUUUCAACUGCAGCUAUCUGGAUCCAGCUUCAUCAUGUCCCUAUUGAACUUUGGAAGGGCGAAAUUCUGGAUGUCAUUGCCUCUCAUUUUGGAAGGGUUCUCAAAAUUGAUGAGCACACUCUUCAACUCUCUCGCUCAAAAUUUGCUCGUAUUUGUGUAGAAAUUGACCUGGAUCUCCCCUUGCAGAAGGGGACAUGGGUUAAGUAUGGUGAAAAUUCUGUCUUCAUUAUUGCUUUAUAUGAAAAAUUGCCCGUCUUCUGUUUCAGUUGUGGUCGUGUUGGUCAUGGUGACUCAAACUGCACCUUUAUUAGCAGCCGAAAAAUGGCAACUGAUCUACAACCGCCCACUAUCUUCCCCGAGCGGGAGAUGGAGGUUGAUGAUCAUUGCCAGGCUUCUGGUGUCACGCCCCGAACCUAA